AUGGAGCACCGAAGUUCUGGAAAGACGGUUUCGAAUGUUAAAGACGAGGAGCACGGGAUUGACGUCGGCGAUAUCGAUAUAUCAAACUCGAUUGACCGGCAUGGGUCCAUGACCACCAAACGCCUACAACGCUUUUGGCAGAAGUUGACCGUACGAGCAGCCAUUGAGGUCAAUGGCAUUCAACCAGUACCAAUAGAGGAAAGGAAUGAACAUCGAGUGUUCAACGUCUUCACUGUAUGGUUUACUUUGAGCACAAAUCUUCUACCCAUUGUAACCGGCAUGGUUGGCACACUCAGCUAUGGGCUCAGUCUCCGUGAUGCUGCUCUGGUCAUCUUGUUCUUCUGCAUUCUUUGCUGCGUUCCUACUGCUUAUCUCGCUACGCUGGGUCCGAAGACUGGCAUGCGGCAAAUGGUUCAGGCGAGAUUCAGUUUUGGUUACUACCUGGUCUCCAUACCUGUCAUCUUGAACCUAGCGACGCUCACCGGUUUCGUCGUGAUCGACAGUGUCAUCGGCGGUUUGACACUUUCCUCAGUCACAUCAGUAGCGUUCUGCGGCUUCAAGGUCCUGCACCAGUAUGAGCGAUAUGCUUGGAUACCAGCCUUGAUUGCCCUUGUAGUGGCCACGGGUUGCGGUGGGACACACCUCAGAGAUCAAGCACCUACCCAGCCAGCAACUGCCCAAACGAUCCUGUCUUUUGGCGGCUUAGUAGCAGGAUUUCUCAUCCCGUGGGCUGUAUUGGCAUCUGACUUUGCUACUUACAUGCCUCCUAAUACGCCCAGCAUCAAGAUCUUUGCAUACACAUACAGCGGACUCUUCCUGCCAACAGUACUUCUGAUGACCCUGGGAGCAGCAAUCGGCGGUGCCGUGCCCCAGUACCCAUCCUGGCAAGCAGGCUACGACGCUACCUCCGCAGGCGGCAUUCUAGCUGCAAUGCUCGAGCCUGCCGGUGGCUUUGGCAAGUUUCUGGUCGUACUUUUGUCCCUUUCGAUCCUCGGAAACAUCUCAGCGACGAUGUACAGCAUAUCGCUCAACUUCCAGCUGCUCGUGCCUUGGCUGGUACGGACUCCGCGGGCUGUCUUUUGCGUUGUGGUCACAGCUAUCGCAAUUCCUGUGUCCAUCCGAGCUGCGGUGUCCUUCUUCAAUUCGCUGGAGAAUUUCAUUGGGAUCAUCGGUUACUGGUCUGCGGCUUUCGUCGCCGUCGUCACUUGCGAGCAUAUCAUCUUCCGCGGAUCCGAUUCUCGGAACUACGACCAUCUGGCUUGGAAUGAGAGCUCGCUGCUGCCGAGUGGUGUACCUGCUAUACUCGCGGCAGUUCUGUCCUUUGGCUUGGUCAUUCCUUGCAUGAAUCAAGUCUGGUACACGGGCCCUAUAGCUGUACACACUGGAGAUAUUGGAUUCGAGAUGGCUCUAGUCGUCACGGCGGUCCUUUACGUACCGCUGAGACAUGUUGAGGUCAAGAUGAAGGGAAAGGCAUGA